AUGGAUCGCGCGACUUCCGCAUUCGAUUCCCUUCCUCAGAGACAGGCAUGUGGUGCCUGUUUCGAAAUCUUCCCCUUGGAAGGAGCAGAAGAUUCGCAAAGUGCUCCCUGCGCAGGGAUACCGCCGGCGUAUGAGCCGCCCUACCACGCCGAAGUUGCCCCCGUGCUGCGUCCUGCGGCGGUCACCGCUCGGCUCGCGGUGACGACAGACGCGACGACCCUGCCAGCAGAAACGUGGGCGGCGAGGGUCAGCGAACAGACGGAGGAAUCCACGCACUCUGCGCUCCCUCGCCCCGGGAGUCUCUGCCUGUCGCCCCCUGCGAAACCGGAUGACGACCUGAGCACGCCGGCGCUGGAUGGUCUCCUCUCUGCGCCUCAGGAGCGACUGAAACAGUGCGAGAGUCCGCAUGCCUCGUCGAGGCAAGACAGCCCUGCUUUUACCCCGAUAAGAGCGGAAAUCGCGCGGAGAAGCCAUCCAGAAGGAGACCCUCGACAGGGGGGUGCAGAAAGAGAUGCUGACUGCCCCAAAACACGAGACGACACAGCGCCUCAAGAGGGAGUAGAGAGCGAAGGCCGCGCGGAAGAGGUCAGGCUCGGCUCGAGCAAGGAAAGAGAGGCCAGGCGUCAAGUGAAGAGCUGUCUUGCGGCGGCGCACGAAGCACAAGAGACCGAAUCAGCAGCGAGAGGCGACAGCCCCGACGACAAGGCCGAGCGACAAGAAGCGACUCCAGAGGCAUGGCAAACUCCUAUCGACGGGCCGAACGGUUCAAAGGAAGAUUUUUCUGACGUGGAAGAGGUCGCACCUUGCCAGCUCCGCACAGAGGACGACUCUCUCGUUCGCGGGCCUGCCUCCUCAGGCCCGUCGGGCGCUGUAGAGCCCCAGACACCGGGGUCUUCCGCGUCACUGGAGCAGUCGCGCGAUGGCGUCCGAGACACAAGCCGGGCCUUCGCGGGCAGAAGAAGCGUGAUACCUGCGGCCAAAGGGAAGAUAAAGGCCCCUGCGCAGAGUGCGUUCCUGUCGCAGCACGCUGAGCCGCGUGUCUUCAGCGCGCCUCUCGUUUGCCUUCCCUCCUUGUCGUGGGAGCGCUCCCCAACAUGCGAAGACGCGUCCGAGGUAGAGGAGAGGGACGCCGGAGAGGGCGAGCAGCGGGAAACCGAAGACAGGGGGACGCCAAACGAGGCAGGAUGCGGCAACCGGUGGAGGAGCUGGGACGCCUUUUCAUCCCCGUUGCGGCGGACGCGGAGAGCGGACGAAAGCGAGGAGGUGGAGGGAGACGGAAGGCGAAGAGCGAUGGACCGGCCGGCGGCGGGAAAGAACUCCCUGGCUCUGCUCAGGGGCAAGCUGGAGGAAGAGGCAGAAGGGGAGAAAGAGGGAGACGCGGAAAAAGCUUACGAAGGAGGAAUGUGCUUUGCAGGGAGCGAAGGCGCCACCCGAUGCUGCAGUCGAAGCGGAAGCGAGGGGCGAGGGAGUCUGACAGAUGAUGAGUUCGGUGACAACGAAUCAACACGAGAGGAGACGCAACCGGGAAGCGCGACAGAUGAGAAGCCAAGCGAGCACCGAGGCUCGGAGGAAGGGGCGACCCCAGAGCUACCCGGUUCACCGGCGACUGGAUUUCCUCCGGGCAGCACAGAACACGCUGAGGCCGAGCAGCGCGACGACAAGCUUGACACACAGAGAUUAGUGGCAGGCGCGGGGAACGCAGGCCCCGAUUCGGCGGAGGGAGACGCCGCGGCAGCAAAGGAGACAAGCGGCGAGGCGGAUCGCGCGGAGUGCGAGACCAACGGGACAGGAAAAAGCGACACUGUAUCCCCGCCGCGACGAUCGAAUCCUCGUCGAGCCUGUCGAGAAGGAUCCGGUUUGACGCCCUGUGGGAUCGAGUGGACUCGGCGUAUCAUCGCCGCUGCCAAAGAGCAGGCCGCAGAGAUCGCCUGGACGGCGGACGACUCAGCCUCGCUGCGUCGGCUCGUUGUGGUUGGGCUCGAAGCGAAGCCCGGAGUGGGUCUAGGUCUCUUUCUGCAGGGCGACUUGCCGAGCUGCUCCUGCCGGCUGUGGCAGGAGACGCUGACGCAGCACGAAGCGCGCUGCAGGCGCAAACGAAAGAAAAGAAGUGACGGCGAACCGCAGCCUGCCAGGCAUCGUGACUCGCUCCGCGACACGCGGAUGCGAGAGACGCGGCAAGGGGCUCCUGAACGGCUCUCUCUCAGGGGUCGCCCAGAGCGCCAGGCGCAGCGAAGCUGGAGUCCAGGUCGAGCCGAAGAGGCGGAGGAGCCUGCGCGUCUGCUCACAGACAGAGGACAGCGCGGAAGGGCUCCAGACGAGAAGAGAGGAAGGCGCCGAGAAUUGAAAGAGCGCAGAGAGUCUUCGCAGGCGACGGAUGCGGGCGGGCCGCGUCACAGCGGGCAGUGCGGGGAGGAAGAUCGCGAAAGGCGCGUCAAAGGACGACGGAGGCGGCAGACAGAAGAGCAGAGACAGGCGAAGGAUACAAACGAGGGGGGGGCGGGGGAGAGCGAACAGAGGACCGCGACGGCGAAAAGAGAGGCAAGGGGCCCUUUUGGGCUUGCGGGAGACGAAGAGAGAUGUGUCAAGAUGGAGCACAACACCGGCGUAAAAGCAGAACCUGGGAAGACAUGCGUUAGGAAGUCUGGCCUGUCAUACGGGGGCGCAGCAUCUGGCACGAACCCCAGAGAGGAGAAGAGAGGACAGGUGAAGACGGAAAAAGAGGCCGAGGGCGACACAAGCGAAAGCGAGCAGCAGGAGCGUCCAACCUGGCGAACCGAUGCUGCGGAGGCACAGAGGGCCGUCGAACUCGCGCCUUGCCGCAGGGAGGAUCAGGGAGGACUCGGAAUGCGCGACCGAGACCGCAACUCCAAGAAAAGUUCAAAAGGCGAGGAAAAACCGCCGGGAUUGAAGAAGAAAAAACUGCAGCCCAGCGAGCCUUUGCCGUGUGGAUGCCAUGACGACGAAGAACGAGGAGGGUUCCGCGUUCUCUGCUUCCGUGGCGACGUCGUCCUCUCGGCGUACAACGAUUGCCGCUGGAAGGCCGUUUCCACAAUCUCAACGUUCUCCGCGGCCGAGACGGCGUUCAUCUACUCUCCUGAGGAAAACCCUGGCAUUGAACCCGCGAGCCACCUGAGUCCCGCCUUCACUCUGGCCUCCCUUGACAUUCCGUUCACCUUUCAGCUCCAGGCGGAGAAUUACCUCCAGACCGAUCUGGCCGAGGAGGUGAAGGCCAUCUUCGGCAACCACUACUGCGCGCAGCACUGCCAAGGCUUUUUUGAUAUCAAUCGUGACAAUAUUCCCUGCAUUGUGAGUCGGCCGGGAAGAAAGCUCUCUCAAGGCCCCUUUGGCGUCUUCUACGGGUGGAGGGGCAUGCGCAGCUUCCCUUGCGCGCAAGUCGGCUGCUCACAUAUCUGUUCGCGGACGUGUCGCUGUUACGAAGAAGAGGCUCUCUGGCGAACGUGCUGGCGGAAGCAUCAGCGCCUGCCUCUCCCUGAGUCUGCGCGAGACGGCAGCGCAGAAGAUCUAAAAGCAAGAGCGCACGACGCAGAAAUCAGGCGGCACAAGGCGGCGUUCAUCGCCGCCAGCAGGAACAACGGUUAA